AUGUCAAGUAUUAAUACGCUCAACAUUGAACUUGUCGAUGGCCAAAGCCGAGAAAUUGACCCAGAAACCGAACCCAACCUCCUUCUACAAGCCAACAAAGCAGUCACCCUCUUUAAAAAUCAAGUAGCAAAAUGUACCACCCUCUUUGGCCCCCAUCACCUCAACACGAUCCAAUCGAAACACAGUUUAGCCGCAGUUCUUACCUCAUCUCACAAUUUUGUCGAGGCAGAACCCCUCCACCGCGAGGUUGCGGUUGUCAUGGAAAAACACUUUGGACCCCGUCACACCAAUACUGUCCGGGCUAAACGGACCUUAGCUAAUUUUUUGGUAACCACACCCCUCGCCAAGUUCGACGAGGCUGAACAAAUCUGCCAAGAGAUCGUCACAGUGAGCCAAGAAUUGUACGGUGACACGCAUUCUGACACGCUCAAGGCGAAAGAAUCACUCGCAACGGUGUUCCUGGCGCAAGGGAGGGGUGCCCAGGCUGAAAUAAUUUUCCGAGAAAUUCUAACCCAACAAGAAACCUCCCUUGGGGCGGGAAACGUCGAAACUCUGCAGACGAAACAUAACCUUGGCGGAGUCCUGUCCACUUUAGGGAAGCAUGAAGAAGCCUUAACAAUUAAUAGGAAGGUCCUCCAAGAACGAGAGAAACUAUAUCCGGCCUCCCAUCCAAUGUUGCUUAAUUCGAUUCGUGAAGUUGCCGGAUUACUGGUGGAUCUCGACCGUAACGAGGAGGCGGAACCCUACUAUAGGAAAUUAUUACUGGGAGAUGUGGAAUGUUACGGGGUCAGGGAUCAAUCAUGUGUCACAACGAAGAAUAAACUCGCCCUCGUUCUUACCAGAUUGGGUAAGAGGGACGAAGCGUUGCCCUUGUUGAGGGAAAGUGUCGUCGAAUUAAACACUUUGCUCGGGCCGUAUCAUCCAGUCAUGUUGGAAACGGUGGGGAAUUUGGUGAAUGUUUUGUCCUUCUUGGGCAAGCAUGAGGAUGUCCUGGCUCUACAGGAGGGAUUGGUGAAACGGUAUGAGAAAGAUCUCGGGCCAGGGCAUGACUUAGCAUGGAAGACUAAACACGGCGUUCGUGCUACGCUACAUAAGCUGGGAAGAUUCAAGGAGGAGGAGGCCAUGUUGAGGAAAAUGUUAAAAUUUGAUAAAAACCGGAAUGGUGAGGCCCAUGUGACAACGCUGAGCACGAAGAGUAACUUGGCGACGGUAUUGGGGGACAUGGGCAAGUAUGAGGAGGCCGCGAGGAUGUAUGAGGAGGUUGUAUUGGUGAUGGAAACAAGGGGUGGGCCAUUCCAGCCCUUCCUUGCGACGAAUUUGGAUAAUUUGGCGGGUAUGAGGUGCAUGAUGGGGGAGUUGGAGAAGGCGGAAGUAACGUAUAGAAAAGCCGGAGAUCUGCGGGAACAGUAUUUAGGUGCAGACCAUGCGGAUACGGUGGUGUCGAGGGAAAGUUUGGCGAUCGUUGUGGCCCGAUUGGCGGAAGGUGGGGAGAAAGUUGACGUAGCGAGGAGGCCGCUGGUCUUGGAAAGCAGGGAUUCAGUACCUGGACAUCUGCUAUGGUCGACGGGACCAGUCUCGAAUUCUGGAAGCUGGCGUAACACUGUGUCCAAACUUUUCAAUGGAAUAUUUGGACGACAGAAGUAA